GUUUCCAUAAAAAUAGGAGAUAUAAAAUGAAAUUCUUGUACUUUCUGUUUAUUUUGUGGACUAUUGUGAAUUGUGACGAACACACGCACACUUAUAAAGAUGGAGAACAAGUGGUCUUGUGGAUGAACACGGUGGGUCCAUACCACAACCGUCAGGAGACGUAUGCAUAUUUUUCGCUACCGUUUUGUGUUGGUACCAAAAUUACCAUUGGUCAUUAUCAUGAGACGCUAUCGGAAGCACUCCAGGGCGUCGAGUUGGAGUUCAGUGGUCUCGACAUCACUUUCAAAGAUCCAAUACCAGCUCAAGAGUUUUGUGCCAUAGAAUUAAACGAGCAUUCUUAUAAGGCAUUUGUCUACGCUGUGAAGAAUCACUACUGGUACCAGAUGUAUAUAGAUGACCUACCUAUCUGGGGAAUUGUUGGAGAGGUUGAUGGUGAUCAAUAUUACAUUUGGACCCACAAGAAAUUCGACAUUGGCUACAAUGGAAAUAGGAUUGUUGAAGUGAAUCUCACAGCUGAGAAUAAGGAACGACUUACACCUAAUGCCCAGAUUACAUAUACUUAUGAAGUGAACUGGAAAAAGAGCAACAUUAAAUUUGAAGAUCGAUUUGAUAAAUAUUUAGACCCAAACUUUUUCCAGCACAGGAUUCACUGGUUCAGUAUUUUUAACAGUUUUAUGAUGGUUAUAUUUUUAGUGGGCCUUGUGUCUAUGAUUCUUAUGAGAACCCUGCGUAAGGAUUAUGCAAGGUACUCUAAAGAUGAUGACCUUGAUGAUCUAGAGAAAGAUUUGGGAGAUGAAUAUGGAUGGAAACAAGUACAUGGAGAUGUGUUUAGGCCAGUUCCACAUCUUGCUAUUUUCUCUGCCCUUAUUGGAGCAGGAUACCAGUUGGUUGUGGUUGUUUUGGCUGUCAUCAUCUUCACCAUAUUUGGGGAACUUUAUACUGAAAGAGGAUCACUGCUGUCUACAGCUAUAUUCAUCUAUGCUGCCACUUCUCCUGUCAAUGGGUAUUUUGGAGGUUCUCUUUAUGCUAGAAUGGGUGGUAAGCUGUGGAUUAAACAAAUGUUGCUUUCUGCUUUUCUUCUUCCUGUCUUAGUAUGUGGAACAGCAUUCUAUAUUAAUUUCAUUGCCAUGUAUUACCACACUUCUAGGGCUAUACCAUUUGGCAGUAUGGUGGCUGUCAUGUCCAUUUGCACAUUUGUUAUUUUGCCUUUGACUCUUGUAGGAACAGUUCUUGGCCGCAAUUUGGCAGGACAACCUGACUACCCAUGUCGUAUCAAUGCAGUUCCAAGACCCAUUCCUGAGAAGAAGUGGUUUAUGGAGCCAUAUGUGAUAAUUAUCUUGGGUGGAGUUCUGCCAUUUGGGUCCAUUUUUAUUGAGAUGUACUUCAUCUUCACAUCAUUCUGGGCUUAUAAGAUUUAUUAUGUGUACGGUUUCAUGUUGCUAGUAUUCCUGAUCUUGAUGAUUGUAACAGUCUGUGUUACCAUUGUGUGUACAUAUUUCUUGCUGAAUGCUGAGGACUAUCGCUGGCAAUGGACAAGCUUUCUUUCGGCUGGGAGUACUGCUCUCUAUGUUUAUGUCUAUUCCUUCUAUUAUUUCCUCUUCAAAACAAAGAUGUAUGGUUUGUUCCAAACUGUUUUCUAUUUUGGCUACAUGGCGCUUUUCAGUCUUGCUCUCGGGAUCAUUUGUGGUACUGUGGGUUACAUAGGUACAAGCAUAUUUGUGAGAAAAAUAUAUUCUACUGUAAAAAUUGAUUGAAGUAUAGUAAUUAUUGAAGAAAGGAAUGUAAUUCUUUUAAAUAUGUCUUACUAUUUUAAAUGAUACAAAAAGUUUCUUACUAUUUUAAACGAUACAAAAAGUUUAAUUCUACAAUGAACAGGAAAAUAAAUUUACCUUUUUGCAGCACAGAAAAAAAUGUUUUGAUGGAAUUGUUGUGUGGUUAUUAGAAUUAGAUAAAUUCCUGAAACAUUUGUGCUGCUUCCAAAGCAUUUAACAGUAACUUUCUGGCUACUUGUAUAUGGAAUGUAUUGAAGAUUGUGUAAUGUUUUAUUAAGAGUGAUAAUCUCAUUGUUAAUGAAAAAUGUCUGUAAACUUCUAUAAAAGUAGCUAUAAAUGCUAAUGCAAUAAUUGUCUAUUUAAAAUUUGUAGCAGAAUCAAGGAGUGUGAAGAUGUGCUUUUUUAUUAAUAAUUGGUUUGCAAGAAGUUUUGUUAAAUUUGAGGGCUAUUUUUUAAUGUAAAUAAUUUUGUCAGUUCCACUAGUGCUAAUUGCAAAGUAUAUAGAUAUGUAUAAAUAUUAUGUAUUUACAUACAGCCUAGUAAGUUGCGUAUUUUACGUUUGUUUGUUCAUUUCUUUGUCUCUUAUGUUCAGAGUGUAGUUCUAAUGUUGAAAAAACCAAGUUUUAAUUAUUUAGGAUUACUUAAAAUUCUAGUUUUUGUAAAUAUAUCGUAAUACAUAUUAUUAAACUUUAUUAGUCCUAAAUAACUCAAAUGAUUGUUGUACAUAAUAUGAGAACUAAUAUGACACAAUAAUUAUUAUGCCAUCCAGUAAUGAAAUUCUUGUUGUGUAAAUUUGUUCAUCAGGAAUAAAGGAC